UCACCUGAUUGGAGGUGCGCGCGCCACCAUUCGAGUUUGCCCCUCGCUUUGCGGGAAGAAUUAGGUUAGAAGCGGCGAAUGUUUGCGGGCAGUGCGUGCAUCGCAGUCGCGCUGCGAACGCCGUGUGUCGGCGCGAACAUGUGAGAAGCCCGUACAGAGUGCGAAACCAGCAGCGCGCGGGGCCGUCUGCUGAGUAUAGUGCCGCCAGUCUACCCGAGAAUAAUGCGAACAUGUCAGAGGGGCGCCGCGCGACAUUGAUGCCCCUCGGCGGCGGCGGCAGCAGCGACGCCGCUGUCGACGCCAAGAAACGCCGGACAGCGGAGCCGCUCAGCUUGCGGCUGACGUUCGUCCUGCCCGAAUCCACCGAGAGCACAUGCCCCGUUUACAACUUCAAGGAGGAGCUCGCCGUCGCGAAGAAACGUGAUAAAAGCAAGCUGCAAAAUGGAAAGACUGCAACCACGAAUGGUUUGGAUCCAUUUGAUGAUGAGGAUGAUGAUGUUAAACGUAUUGCCAUGGAAAUGGAAGCUAAAUAUGGUACUGGUCCUCCAGCUAAAAAGAAACGUAAAAAUCGCCGGGACGAUUACGCCGACAUUGGCAUGGGUUACGACGAGUCUGAUUCGUUCAUCGACAACACCGACGGUUACGAUGAGAUGAUCCCGCAGAAUGUUACCACUUUACACGGCGGUUUCUACAUCAACUGCGGAGCGUUAGAAUUCAAAGCCGACGAAGGAGUCAGCUCGGACCUAUCCUCCAAUUCCUCCGAAUCUUCCUCUUCAUCAGACGACGAAGAUGAAGAAGCUGACUCUAAAAAGAGUGGUAAUAAACCCACCGCACCCAAUCGCAAACGUAUAUUAGACUCAUCCGAGUCUGAAGGGGAGAACGAAGCAGAAAAGACUGACAAAACCGAGAAGGGUAAUGCUGAAAAGAAGCAAAAGACCCACUCUGUUUCCAAUGGUGUACCACCCAAGAAGAAGAAGGAGGGCCAGCCGGAGAAAGUACUGGAAAAUCACAAGGAUAAACCACCGCCACCACCGAAGAAAGCACCUGUGCCUACACCCAGCACAACUAGUGGUAAACCUAGUAAAGAUUUAGCGAAAGACUUGCUUAAAAAAGACGAACUUGUGUCUUCAUUAAGUGUUACGCCAGUACAUGUCACACCACCAGCGCCGCCUGCUGGUGAUCUGCUAAAAGACAGUUUAUUAAAGAAUGUUAUCGAACUGGUCGCGAGUGGUGAUAAAAAACAAACCGAAGUGAAGAGUGACAAGCCAGUGUCUUGUAGUGAUAAACCCGGGAAGGAUCUUCAACUGCCUGCGAAUCUUCCGUCGAAUAUUUCGGACCUUAUCAAACGCAUUAAGGACAAUGUACAGCGUAACAAGGAUGCGAAUAAGGAUGUAUUUAAUGGGAAUGUAAAUAGUUUAUUAAUAACAUUCGAACGUAAGUCGAAAGUGUUGGGAAAACAGUCGCGAUCGAGAAUCUACCAGCACCUAGCAUCUCUAAUGAAGAUGGAGAAGGAAAACUUGUGUAAACGUGCCAAAAAUCUUGUAAUGGCCGAGGAUGCCAAGCGAUUGAAUACGCUGCUCGCCGAUCUAAAGACAAUCGUGUUGAAAAUGAUGAUUCCGUUGUGGGAAUCCUACGAGCGUGAAACGGUGAGAGUUAUGAGUCUUAAAACAGCGGAAACCGAAGAGAGUAAAAACCUGCGCAUGCCCAAGCGGAAGUUUACGUGGUCGGAUGAAACGCGCAAAAUGCUGCGUGAAAUUAUCAUUAUCAAGAAGCGUUUGUUGAUUUACGAGGGCAAAACAAAGGAGAGUAUAGAAAUUCAUUUGAAUUUGUUUAUUAAAUCAGACGUGCAGGUUAUCUGGCCCGAUGGCUGGAUGACAAUGGCGGCGCUUUUAAAUUAUGUAGUUCGUUCGAGAAAAACCGCCGGGGGCGUUAACACCAGCCAGGAGUUGAAUUCCAGCUCAGAGGCUGUUGUUAUGCCACCACCGGCUGGUAAACCAGUGACUAGCACACAAAGUUCAAUGGCUCAAAAUCAAAAAUUAAAGGAUAAGAAAGAAAAACCCAAGGAGAUGCCAGCAAAAGGUCUUUCCAGUAAAGAAUUACAGAAAUUUCAAGCGAAUGCUAUCUCUAUAACGCCUAUAGGUGUCCCCGAAGCUUCUACAACUGCACCAGUGGUUAAAAAAGUGUUGAAAACCAGUAAUGAUUUGGUAGCGAAUAAAAUCGAUUGUUUUGAACCUCCCAGAGGGUUGAGUAUCAGUCAAAUUACAUCUCCAGUGACACACAAGUCCACAAUACAAGCGAGGAGUAUUUACAAACCUGAAAAACAAAGUACACCGCCACCUGUAAGUGACAGAACGACGAAAUUUGUUAAUUUAGCGCAACAUAAUGAACCUGCACCCGAGAAUUUAACAAAACGCAUGAGUACGGAUUAUAAUAUUGAUAGUAUCAUGAGUAGAAAAUCAGAUCCAUCAACUCCAGUUAAACGAUCACCGAAUGAUAUCAUUGUACCUAAAGAAGAGCCGGAUAACGGGUCUCCCACGAGUACUAUGAGUACGGGCACGGUGAUUCCCAUUGAGAAUUUCAUGCCUGUUCCAUUGGCGAUGGAUAUUAAACACGAGGAAGAGGAUGUUAUUAUUUUGGAUGAUUCUACCGAUGAGGGACAAUCAGCGCCAACGAAUAUGGUUAAAACUAGUGGUAAUAGUAGUAAUAGCAGUGCUGAUUUGAGGAGAAAACCCGGGCCUAAGUCGAAGACAAAGUAUGUGGAUUCAGCGAUGGUGAAAACAGCGAAAAGUGCCUCUAUACCCUCAACUGUUUCAUCUUCGUCCGAUAAAAAGUCAUUAAAACCUGAUGUAAGUAAAGACAAAAAGGAUAAAAACGAAGGCGAUGACAUUUUUAAACUCAUGGAGAACUUAAAAGAGUUGAACAAGAUGACUACACCGUCGAAAAGUAUAGAUACGUCGCCAGCGUCAGCAGUAAGCGUGAUUGCAUUCAAUAAAAACUUUGCGAAGUCACCAACAACAGCGACAACAGCUGCAACUAGUGCAAAUCCUACUGGAAAGCAUGAUAUACCAAAAGCUAGUGACUAUGCAUCAGGGUUGACCUUCAACGAUGUUUAUCAACGGCAUUUCCUCAAUAGUCUAUCGACGACGGCGUCUACCUCUACCCCGGCGGCCACGUCGACGGCAAAGUCUCACAAUAGUGCCCACACGAGUUCAUCUGGCGUCCCCCAGGAGAAACACUAUAAUACCAAUAAUAAUUAUGCGACGGUACCUGGUCAACAAUCCACGAAGUAUAAAAACACUUAUCCACCUCAUACUGGUUCUUUUAAUUUAAUGGAUGAUAUGCUCGCGAACUUCAUAACUGAGUACGCGUAUCCCAAGACAGCUAAUCACAAGCAAAAACCGACGCAAAAGUAAUGCAACUGCCACGUCUCAAGUGUUUCGACGAUGUUUUCAUUUUCCUGGUGGCGCAAGAUAAGAUUUUCUCAUUAUUUUCUCAUUUCAUAGUCACGGUCACAAAUGUGGUCCACAUGUGCGGCCACUGAUUGUAAGUUUUCAUGUUUUUUGUUCGUUUUAUCUUCUUGUUCCUCGACUGGUAUUAUUUUCCAUUCGCUCGUCCUGCGAUGCGAUUUGUGUGUAAAAAUUGUAGAUAAUCGCGCGUUAAUAAUGUAAGUAACUAGCAUACAAAACAAAAAGCGCCCAUUCCUUAUUUAUUAUGUGUACAUUUUAAAAAUGAUUAAAACCGUAAUUUUCAUAAGAAAA